AUAGAAGAAACUCCUAACGGUUACAAACUAUCCUUACGAGUACCUGAGAAAUGCUUUGGUAUGAUUAUUGGUAAGAAAGGUAGCAAUAUGAAACAAUUACAACAGGAUACUGGGACGAAAAUUAAGCUGCCUUCUUCAAGAAAUUCUGAUGCUUCGAAUGAUCUGACAUGUAUUACCGGAUCAUCAAAAAAGGGUGUCAUUUCCGCUAAAGUUAGAAUCGAACUAUUGGUGGAUAGUUGCCGCAGUAAAGCACUACCAACACAUUUUGUGAUGGUACCGCUAUUAUCGAAACAAGUUAUUAGUAGCUACAUUCAAUUUAAAGAUAUGGUCUUACAAGACUUUAGUCAGUGCAAAGGUAUUGAAGAAUCAAUCAUGCAAGAGCCGCAACGGCUACACAUUACGAUAGUAGUUCUGCGCUUGUUUGAUAAAAUAGAAGAGGUAAAUUGUUUUGUCAAACGACUUAAAUCCAUUAAACAAGCAAAGGUGGACAUCAAGGGAUUGGAAAUAAUGGGUGAUGAUCCUUCAGCAGCAAAGGUGCUCUAUGCUGAAAUCCAUGAUACGAUAUUACAAGAACUGGGUGAAGAUAUAGUUGAUCGAUUUGUUGCAUCAGGAUUGACUGGAAAAGAAGGUCCACGUCUAAAACUCCAUGCUACACUGAUGAAUUCUAGGUAUAGAACAUCAACACCUGGUGGAACGGAACCUUUUGAUGCUAGAAAUAUACUACAGGUACGUGAGAAUUAA